AUGAAUAAGAAAAUUACAAUUUUACUUUUAUUAGCUAUGAUUACCAUAGCUGCUUCAAAAAAUCUUAGAAACUUACAAGAUGCUGGUUCUGAUCCUAAUAAUUCUGGUUCUUCCAGCAGUGGUGCUAAUAGUUCUGGUUCUUCUAGUAGUGAUCCUAAUAAUUCUGGUUCUUCCAGCAGUGGUGCUAAUAGUUCUGGUUCUUCCAGUAGUGGUGCUAAUAAUUCUGGUUCUUCCAGCAGUGACCCUAAUAAUUCUGGUUCUUCCAGCAGUGACCCUAAUAAUUCUGGUUCUUCCAGCAGUGGUGCUAAUAGUUCUGGUUCUUCCAGUAGUGGUGCUAAUAAUUCUGGUUCUUCCAGCAGUGACCCUAAUAAUUCUGGUUCUUCCAGCAGUGGUGCUAAUAGUUCUGGUUCUUCCAGCAGUGACCCUAAUAAUUCUGGUUCUUCCAGCAGUGGUGCUAAUAGUUCUGGUUCUUCCAGUAGUGGUGCUAAUAAUUCUGGUUCUUCCAGCAGUGGUGCUAAUAGUUCUGGUUCUUCCAGCAGUGACCCUAAUAAUUCUGGUUCUUCCAGCAGUGGUGCUAAUAGUUCUAGUUCUUCCAGUAGUGGUGCUAAUAAUUCUGGUUCUUCCAGCAGUGACCCUAAUAAUUCUAAUUCUAAUGGAUCUAACUCCAAUGAUUCUGGUGAUGAUGGAUUUUUCAAUUGCUCAGAUGACCCCUCAUUAUGUCCUCCAUGUGAUGUUCUUGCAGAUUGCAGUUGCUGGAUAGGCUUAUUUGCUGACGGACUCUUUUAUUUAUAUUAUAAAUGUUGA